CAUACAUAUUAAGAGCUGACAUGGAGAACAGUUUGCUGCAUGGCACAGAAGGGAUCAAAAAAAAUAUCUUGUACGGAGGAACAAACGACAUUCCCAAAUUCAUCACAGGAUCGAAGGUAACAUUCCACUUCCGGACCAUGCUGUGCAACGACGACCGCACAGCACUGGAUGACAGCCGAAAGGUGGGCAUGCCCAUGGAGCUGGUGAUCGGGAACAUGUUCAAGCUGGACGUUUGGGAAACGCUACUCAGAUCCAUGCGUGUAGGAGAGGUGGCUGAGUUCUGGUGCGAUGUCAUCCACACUGGCCUGUACCCCAUGGUUGCAAAGAGUCUGCGACGCAUUGCUGAGGGCAAAGACCCAGUAGACUGGCACGUACACGCGUGCGGCAUGGCCAACAUGUUCGCCUACCACAGUCUUGGCUACGAAGACCUGGACGAGCUCCAGAAGGAACCCCAGCCACUCAUUUUUCUGCUGGAGCUACUGAAGGUGCAGCAGCCGAGUGAGUAUGAGAGGGAAUCGUGGGCUCUGAGUGAUGAGGAGAGGCUGAAAGCUGUUCCUGUACGCCACGACCAGGGCAACAAGCUCUACAAACAGGGACGCUUUGAGGAGGCCACCCUGAAGUACAAGGAAGCCAUCUUUUGCAUCAAGAAUGUGCAGUCAAAGGAAAAGGCCUGGGAGGCCCCAUGGCUGAAGCUUGAGAAAAUGGCCAACACUCUCACGCUGAACUACUGCCAGUGUCUGCUGCGCAUGGCCGAAUACUAUGAGGUCAUCGAGCACACAUCUGACAUCGUUAACCAGCAUCCUGGACUGAUGAAGGGUUUCUACCUGCGGGGGAAAGCCCACAUGGAGGUGUGGAACGAGGCGGAAGCCAGAGCUGACUUUCACCGGGUGCUGGACCUGGACCCAGGCAUGAAGAAGAUCGUCAAGAAGGACCUGGCGGUUCUCGCCAUGAGAAUGGAUGAGAAGAAAGAGGAGGACAGACUGAAAUAUAAAGGCAUGUUCACAACCGCAAGUGCGCCGAAGACCCCUGAGCAGACCAUGGCGGGAAAUAUGAAGGCAGAAGAAAGUCUAGAACAAGCACCUGCCGAUCUAGAAGAUCCAGAACAAGAAGCUCAGCAGCAAAGUCCAGAGGAAGAACCUCAAGCGCAAGAAAUUCUAGAACGAGAAAAUCCAGAGCAAGCAUCUCCGCCGGAAGAAACUACUGAACGAGAAAUUCCAACGCAAAAAACUCCAACGCCUGUGACCUCGGAACAAACAAUUCAGGCCCAAAAAAAUGAGGAAGAAACAAGACCACAACUGAUAACAUCUGAACCAGAGUCUCCAGACAGUGAUGUGGAAGACCCUUGAAUUCACCCCCAACAGAGCGUUUAAUGUGGACAAAUAUCCAUUCAUCUAUGUAUUUAAUGUUAUUUACUGAUAUACUCAUUAAAAUUAAAUUUCAGUACAAUGUCUAGAGUAGAAAUAAACAUCCGAAUUCCACCUGCCUACCUGAACUACAUAUCUUUCUUAAAAUCAUGAGGCUUUAAUAAAGGACAUAAUAAUAAUAAUAGUAUAUUUGCAAAUGGAAGUUUGUCUGUAACAA